CCAAUAGGGGGCAGUAGAAAAUGAAACCGCUGAUUUUAACCUGGAAAAAGAAUCUUGCUCUACCGGAAAUAGUAUUGCUCAUUGCAAACAUGGGGGCCGUAACAGAUGAUGAAGUCAUUCGGAAACGUCUUCUUAUUGAUGGCGACGGAGCCGGAGAUGACCGCCGGAUCAACCUGCUGCUUAAAAGCUUCACUAAAUGGUGCAACUCGCCCGGGACUCCGGAGGAAGGAUUCACACAGUACCAGCGGAUGUUGGGCACUCUGGCUCAGUGUGAGUUUUCCAUGGGAAAGACGUUGAUGGUUUAUGACAUGAAUCUUAGAGAAAUGGAAAACUAUGAGAAGAUCUAUUCAAAUAUAGAACAAAACAUCACAUCUGCACAUGAGAAGAUUGCAGAAUGCAAAAAAGAUAUUCAGAGGGCAAAGAGGAUACGAAAAAAUCGCCAAGAAUAUGAUGCAUUAGCCAAGGUAAUCCAGCAGCAUCCAGAUAGGCAUGAAACACUCAAGCAGCUAGAGGCGCUUGACAAAGAGCUCCAACAACUGUCCCACAUCAAAGAGAAUGUGGAUGCAAAGUUGGAGUUGAGGAAGAAGCAGUUCCACGUUCUUCUUACCACCAUUCAGGAGCUACAACAGACACUUGAGAAUGAUGAGAAGUCAGAUAUUGAAGAUGCCAGUCAAGAGAGCCCUGCAGGGAACAGUGAAUAACAGUGGAACAGAAUGAAAUGUUCUUAAAUGAGUUUGGGUUUGUGAGACAGAAUGCUUUUCGUAUGUAUUUUUGAAUAAAAUUCUCUUGAUUCUGUC